AUGCGCGCUUCUAAUUCCGUUGCGGCUCUUGUUGCCGCAACCAUUCUUUCGUUGGUGCAAGCACAAUGCGACGAUAUAGUCCCAGGCCAGUACGCUGGCACCGCAUUCCAGAAUAGUCUUGCCUCGACACAUGACCGCUCGGAACUCACCUAUUUCAAAAUCAGAGAUCCGUCUGGGCAGCACGUCUGCUCGUCCGAUCCCGCCAGCGAUAUUAGUCUGCUCACAUUUCAAUCACUCAACACGACUGGCGGACGACCGAUAGAUGCGGAUCUGAGGCGCGCUGUAAUAGUCUUGCACGGCGCCAGAAAUGAUCCCUGGAACUACCAUGCCGCCAUGAUCCAGGCUCUGGAGUUGGUGGAAACCGACGACAUAAGCCUGGACAAUGUAGCCAUCACCGCACCGUACUAUCCAAACGACGACGAUGCGGGCACGGGAUUCCCUUACAAUCCCAGCGGUGCUACACCUGCAGACCAGUACCCGUCUCCAGCACUUGUUUGGUUUGACGACGAGUGGUCAGGAGGAGCCAACAAUGAGUAUCCUCCAAACACCAAGACUGUCUCUUCGUUUGACACCUUGGACCAAAUCAUUCAAUAUUACGGCAACAAGGCACAGUUCCCCAAUAUCAACCAGAUUGUCGUCUCUGGGCACUCCAUGGGCGCGCAAAUGGCCAACCGCUUUGCUGCCGUGGGAAAGACGAAUGAUCAGCUGGGCAUUACCACUCCCGUCAGCUACUGGAUUGGUGAUCCCAACAGUCUGAUUUGGUUUUCAGAAACGAGGCCUCUGUCCACUUCGAAAUGUCCUACCGGAUACGAUGACUACCGUGAAGGUUUCACCAAUUAUGACACGUAUGGAUCUGACCAUUCGACACCCAUGACAUACAAUAACGCUUUGGUUGCCGCCGGCCGGGAUGCGCUACUGGCAAACUAUAACAGCCGCACUAUUGCAUAUGCCCGGGCCACCAAGGAUAAGGGAGACUAUAAUCCAAAUGACGAAUGUGCUACCUACACCACUGGAGCGGACCGUAAUGAACGCUUUUUCGAGUUCAUCAAGACAUUCCCUGCAACCUGCGAGAACCCAGCUGGGCCUUGUCGCACGGUCGACAUUGUCGUUUCUAGUCACGAUGCACCCACCAUGUUCCAAGAUGUGUCUGGCCGUACUCGACUCUUUAUUGACAACUGGGCUGGGCUUGGAAAUCGCGCCUAUGACUUUGGAUACCCUCGUUAUGCCUCCUAUGACGACCCCUACCCCGAUCCAUCUCAAAACUCGCAGGCAUUGAUUGGAGCCGACUCUACCGUUUACGCUGGAGGCAAGACCUAUCAGGGAUGCUGGACGGAUGUCGACAAUGCUCAGAGCAUUGGAGCAUUGCCCGUGUCUGCCUAUGUUGGCUCGCUGAACUCGCGAAGCUAUUGCUCCGACCUAUGCACCCAACAGGGCUACUCCAUUGCUGGAGUGAGCUACAUGAACUGCUACUGCGGAAAUGCCAUGGGAAGUGAAAGCGUGAAUGUGGUAGAGACCUCUUGCGCUGGUCCCUGCCCUGCUACGGGAGCGACGGGAGCAUGUGGUGGCGCCAAUCGUCUUUCAGUCUUUUCGAGCGUUGCUCUAUAG